CAUGGAGGAGCCCAGCUCCGGCUCCAUCCCUUGAGCUCACCGGGGGGCGUGGGGUUGAGCCCCCAUCCCACCAGCAUCCCUCUCUGCCUGCAGCCGCUCAGCCCUCCAGCUCUCUGGCAGCAUUCCCGGCCACGCUCCCGUCACCCUUUGCGCAGGAGUUUGGCAGCGUUGCUAUGACGACCCUAACGAUGCAGCCAGCAGCACCCAGCCUACACCUAGCACAGCUGCGAACAAUAUGCCCAUUGUAAAAUACCCCAGGGCUCCAGAGCCUCGCUGGCGUGAAUGGGACAGGAAAGCACAGAAAUGUGGAUUAAGACACACGGUCUAUGCUGUAAAUGGGGAUUACUAUAUCGGAGAAUGGCUGGACAACUUGAAACACGGUAAAGGCAUCCAGGUAUGGAAACAGGCCGGAGCUAUUUACAGCGGUGACUGGAAGUUUGGAAAGCGGGAUGGUUAUGGCUCAUACAGCAUUCUUGACCCUGUAACCAAGGAAUACAAGAAGGUGUACGCAGGCUGGUGGAAAAACGACAUGAAAUGCGGCUACGGGGUGACGUUUUACCCUGGUGCGGAGCGCUACGAGGGCGAGUGGAGCGCUGGGCUGCGGAGCGGCUGGGGACGGAUGUACUACCAGGAUGGAUCCAUCUACGAGGGGCAGUGGCUGGAGGACAGGCCUGGCGGGCAGGGGAUGUUGCGGCUGCCAAACAAAAAUCGGUACGAAGGAGGUUGGAAAGAUGGAAAGAAGCAUGGCCCAGGGAAAUUUUUCUACUUGGACAAGGGACAACUGUUUGAAGGUAUCUGGGCAGCAGAUAUACCAAAGUGUGGAAUUCUGAUUGACUUUGGCAGAGCCGAAGCUCCUGCCCCUCCUCAGUAUCCAAUCCCAAAGAUUGAACUAGCUGAUCCAGAUGGUGUUUUAGCAGAGGCCCAGGCGAUGUUUGAUGACAGCCAAAAUUAAUAACCGGAUGCAAAAGGAAAAAAAAAAAAAAGCUGAGAGAUAAGAACACGGUCCUGGGUUACUUAUUCAUUGGAGUCUCAAAUCCACACUGGGGUGUAUCGUGUCAUGAUCUGCUUCACCCUCCCCUCAAGGCUGCCCAUGAUUGCUUCACUCUGAAGGUGGCUUUGCUCGGAGAUCUCCUCCCACCCCCCACGAUUUUGGAAAAGGCAGCAAAACAAAAAGGAAAUUCAAAAAAAAAAAAAAAAAAAAAAAAGAGAGAAAACCCACCAACAGCAAAAUGUGGAAGUCAGCCACAGUGACUCUUUGCCCAGUUCUUCUGGCUUAUUCUUCCUGUAAAGAAACCACACUCAGCUGGUUUCAAGGGCUUUCACUUUGCCUUAGAGAAGAAGCAGGGUUUCUAUUAUGUGCUAUAAAAGCAAAGCCCUAGAAAAGUGCAGUCAAAUUAAUUGUCCCUUCCCACUUCCUCCCAAGUUUAGCCCAAUACAUACCUGUGACCCAAGAUGGCUUUUGAAAUUAUAACGGAUCAUGUUUCAAUUAAUAUUUUUUAUUAAUGAAACUUCACUUGCUCUGUGUGUGUGUCUUCCGUAACGUGAUGCCGAUUCUCACCCCUAACCCUGGGAAUGCAGAGCACCCAAUCUCACCCCAGCUCUGCCCCUGGGCCAGCCCGUGCACCGGCCCCCGGCACCCAGUGGGGCUGGGAUGGCUGCUCCGUUUCUACCCGAGGCAAGGACCCCACGCAGAGCUGCGACGCUUCCCUGCGGAGUGACACCCACAAGACCAUGGGAAGACAGCACUGCAGCCAGCUGGUGAAAAACCAACUGUGGGAGUGGGUCAUUAGUUCACCUGAUUAAUACCGUGCUUCUGAGUAUCAGCUCUUGUUUAACAGUUCAUUUGGUCCCUUGACUCUUCAUGUUUUCUAGGCUGAGAGAUAACCUGCUUCUCUAUUUAAGCACUUGAGGGAGUAACAAUACAACAUGCUGCGUCCCCAGAUUUAAGUAGUGCUGACAGGAGGAAAAGCACGUCAACUGUGUUAUCAUCUUUAUACCUGCCUCCGUGAACA